CUUUGUAUGUGUUUGGUGGUGUGUAUGUUGUGGCAGUGUACCGGUGGCGCCCUGUUUUUGAGCCCUGUGUUUUUGUUGAACUUGUUGAAGGACUUUAAACCAAGAUCCCUGCUUCUGAGAGCGUCAUCGACCGGAACCUUGCGCUUUUUGGUUUUUGUUCCCGCGGGGGGUUUAUAUAUAUGUGAAACACCGCGUUUACGUCACCACAGCGCUGAAGCUAAAGCGGAAGGAAAACAGAAAACACGACUGAGUGUUGCUGUCAGCUCAUUCAAGCUUCUCAGCAUCUGGGACUAAAAUGUCUCCUGAUUAUUUAAACGUAUUUAAUCGUGUUUUAAUAACUGUUAGUUAGUCGAACAGUUCGGUUUUAUUUAUUUUAUAUUAUUGUUAAAAAUGGAGCAAACUGCGACCAGCGUCCCGGCGGAUCCUGAAACCAACGGGCGUUCAACACGAUGGCGCAACUGGUCGGGGUUCUGGCUGCUCGGAUUGUGCAACAACUUUGCAUAUGUGGUCAUGCUGAGCGCGGCUCACGACAUCCUGAAGAAACAAUCGUCAGAAAACAACACGGCGUCUGCCUCAGCUUCAUUGACUGUGGAUUUCCAAAGUGGGAACAGCAGCAACAGCAGCCGCUAUGACUGCAACCCUGUGUCCACAGCGGCCGUCCUGUUAGCCGACAUCCUCCCAACGCUCGUCAUCAAACUGUUCGCCCCGUUUGUCAUCCACAAAAUGCCUUAUGGGGUCCGAGUUUUGUUCUGCGCCGUCAUGGCAGCCACGAGCUUCCUCCUCGUGUCAUUCUCCUCCGCUGUGCUGAUGAGCAUUCUGGGAGUGAUUUUUGCCAGUGUAAGCUCUGGACUGGGCGAACUGUCCUUCCUGUCUCUCACCGUCUUUUUCAGCAGGGAUGUACUGGGAGGUUGGGGCUCGGGUACAGGUGGUGCAGGAGUUGCCGGAGCCUUCAUCUAUUCAGGUCUCACGCAAGUCGGGGUGUCGCCUCAGAUCACACUCCUCAUCAUGCUGGUGGUCCCGGUUGCCAUGGUGAUAAGCUAUUUCUUCCUGCUGGAUCCUCCACCUUCAGUACCUCAGUGGAGAAGCAGGGAGACCGAAUAUGCAGCUGUGGGCUCAGAGGAGGACGAGCAGCUGAUUGACGGAUCAGAAGAAGAGGAGAAAUCUACCACAGUGCAUGCUUUCUUUCAUCUGGACGUAUCAGAAGAACGGACCACCGGGCCGCUCACCUUCACAGAGAAGCUGCACGUCAUCAGGGGACUCCUGAAGUUUGUGUUUCCUCUGGGACUCGUCUACUUCGCAGAGUACUUUAUAAACCAGGGCCUGAUGGAACUUCUGUAUUUCCCAGACUUUUUCCUGUCCCAUGCAGAGCAGUAUCGCUGGUACCAGACGCUGUACCAGGUGGGCGUGUUGGUGUCUAGAUCGUCUCUGUGCUGUGUGAAGAUCAGGAAAGUGUGGACGCUCUCUCUGCUCCAGGUGGUGAAUGCAGUGCUGCUGCUGUUCGCGGUGAAGUAUCAGUUCCUGCCCUCGGCCUGGUUUGUGUUUGUUAUCGUCCUCUAUGAGGGUCUGCUGGGUGGAGCUGCUUACGUCAACACUUUCUACUUCAUCAGAGAAGAGACGGAGGACAGACAGAGGGAGUUUGCGAUGGCUGCUGCCAGCGUGGGAGACAGUCUGGGCAUCGCUCUGGCCGGACUCGCCGCUUUCCCGGUCCACAGAUACUUCUGCUCCCUGUGAGCCGCCCACACAGCGAGCAGUUCGGUGAAUCAGACGGACGUGGCGUGGGAGCGUUUCAGUUCAAGGUUUUUUUAAAACUCUCAUAUGAGAGACUAUCUGACGAGAGCAGACUUCACUCCUUAAUGAACGGGAUGUUGGAAGUAACACAGUAUAAAUAUAUCACUGUGCUACUGUACUCAAGUUUCAGGUAUCUGAAUUUAUAGUUUUAUGUUGUGAUUCAGAUACAAAACACAUCAUAGCUGCUCCAGAAGAUCCGAGCUUCUGAACUAAAUGUUGCUUUAUUUAACAGUGUGUUCGGUGUUCAAAGAUAAAACAUGUUUAUAGGUCGGUUUGUUGACCAAUAUGUGUUUUGCACUAAAAUCACUGACAGAAAAAUUGCACUAAGAGCACCAUUCCUGUCGCUCACUAGUGAAAAGCUUUAAAGGAGCACUAUGUAACUCUGACCCCUAGUGGUUAAAAUUGGUACUGCAGUUUAAAUUCUAAACAUUCUCUAGAGUGGAUGCUCACUCAGGUCACCAUGUGGUGGACACUGAAGCUUCAGUGUUUAUCCAGCUCUGCAUCGGUCUGUAAACCUUUUUUUUUUUUGUUACCUUUUAUUUUCUACUUACUAAGUGUUAUUUUUGUUUUGCUUUUCACUCAUCGAUGCAGAUCAACCAUGUCUGACCAAAUGUGCCUUUUUCUUUCCGUUUCUACCAAAGACUAUAACAGUUAUUUUAUGUGGAUAGAUAUUUUUAUUUUAUGUAGGUUAUUAAUCUGAAACAAAGGAAAACAUCCAACAUAUUAAAACUCUAAAUGUUUGACAUGUUUGCCGUCAGUGUCCUUACAAAUUUGUAGAAAAACAAAUGUCAGCACCAAGCGGCAACUUCCAUGUUGAAAAAUGAAGCCAAUGUGGAAGUGCAAAAUCCUGCAGUUCCUCAAGUGUCCACUAGAGUCCACUAGAAUUGGGCUUUUUGUGCCUUUAUUACAGAGGACGGUGGAUAGUCAGAAAUCAGAGAGAGUGACAUGUGGAGAAGAAGCCACAGGUCGAAUUCGAACCCGGUCCGCCCGUACAUGGGGCGCGCACACUAACCACCACAUCACUGGUACCCCACGACAAAGUUUUUAAACCAAUAAUAAUAAAGAUAAACAACAGCUGAAACAUGUUUGUGUCAUUCAGCUGCUGUUUCACCGAUGCUUCGUUUCUUUUCAAAUGUGCACAUUCCUGCUGAUGUUUUCGUACUUCCUACCUAAAUAAAUUCUCCUGUUACGGAUUUUUUUUUCUUAAUAAUUUAUGUUUUUAUUUCAGUGCUUCAUUGAUUAAAGUGUUUUCCACCUUUGAACUGUUGGAUCAAUCACACUCAAAAUGUAUAUUAAGAAAUGUGAAUAAAAGUUGAAGUCAUAUUAAAAAAAUGUGGUAGAUGAUUUAUUAUGAUGUAUUAAAGAUUAUCUACCAAACACCUUUA